AAAAAAAAAUAAGAAAAAGGAGAGUUCAAGAAGAAUCCUUGCUCCUUAAAACCCUCUCUCUCUCUAGUCCCUUCCUCUCGUUGCUCUUUUCAGAUUCUCAGCUGCGACUAAACCUAAAAGAAAGCUCUCAGAACCCAAACCCCUCUCCCGAUCUCCAGGGUUUUGAAAAAGACAUAAAGCUUUGAGAAGAAUGAGUGUGGUCGGGUUUGAUUUCGGGAACGAGAACUGCCUCGUGGCCGUCGCGAGGCAAAGAGGGAUCGAUGUCGUCCUCAACGAUGAGUCAAACCGCGAGACACCCGCCAUUGUGUGCUUCGGCGAGAAGCAGCGUUUCAUCGGAACAGCUGGAGCCGCCUCCACCAUGAUGAACCCUAAAAACUCAAUCUCACAGAUCAAGCGUCUGGUGGGUCGUCAGUUCUCGGACCCGGAGCUGCAGAGAGACAUAAAGUCUUUCCCUUUCUCAGUCACCGAGGGACCGGACGGGUACCCUUUGAUCCACGCCUCUUAUCUUGGAGAGAAGAGGGCGUUUACUCCAACUCAGGUGAUGGGGAUGAUGCUGUCUAACUUGAAAGAGAUCGCUGAGAAGAAUCUGAGUGCGGCUGUUGUGGACUGCUGUAUUGGUAUUCCUGUUUACUUUACUGACUUGCAGCGGAGAGCUGUUUUGGACGCGGCGACGAUUGCUGGCUUGCACCCUUUGCAUUUGAUCCACGAGACGACGGCGACGGCUUUGGCUUAUGGGAUCUACAAGACUGAUUUGCCGGAGAGCGAGCCGCUUAAUGUUGCGUUUAUUGAUAUUGGUCAUGCGAGUAUGCAGGUCUGCAUCGCGGGGUUUAAGAAAGGACAGCUUAAGGUGUUGUCCCACGGGUUUGAUCGGUCUCUGGGAGGAAGGGACUUUGAUGAAGUUCUUUUCAACCAUUUCGCUGGAAAGUUCAAGGAGGAGUACAAGAUUGAUGUGACUCAGAACGCUAAGGCUUCUCUCAGGCUAAGGGCGGCGUGUGAGAAGGUGAAGAAGGUUCUGAGCGCUAACCCCGUGGCGCCGUUGAAUAUUGAGUGUUUGAUGGAUGAGAAGGAUGUUAGGGGUGUCAUCAAGAGAGAGGAGUUUGAAGAGAUCAGUGUACCUAUCUUGGAGCGUGUCAAGAGGCCUCUGGAGAAGGCUCUCUCUGACGCGGGGCUCUCGAUUGAAGAUGUACAUAUGGUCGAGGUUGUUGGCUCUGGCUCUCGCGUCCCUGCUAUUAUCAAGAUCUUGACGGAGUUUUUCGGUAAGGAGCCCAGGCGUACGAUGAAUGCUAGUGAGUGUGUGUCGAGGGGAUGUGCCUUGCAGUGUGCCAUUCUCAGCCCCACCUUCAAAGUCCGUGAGUUCCAGGUUCAUGAGAGUUUCCCCUUCUCCAUCUCGCUGGCGUGGAAAGGAGCAGCUGCUGAUGCUCAAAAUGGAGGAGCUGAGAAUCAGCAGAGCACCAUUGUUUUCCCCAAAGGGAACUCAAUCCCUAGUGUCAAGGCUCUAACGUUUUACCGCUCUGGAACAUUCUCUGUGGAUGUGCAGUACAGUGAUGUGACUGACUUGCAAGCACCUCCAAGAAUCAGCACAUACACGAUUGGUCCCUUCCAGUCAUCAAAAGGCGAGAGGGCAAAGCUUAAGGUGAAAGUGAGAUUGAACCUUCACGGAAUUGUCUCUGUUGAAUCAGCAACUCUUUUGGAGGAGGAAGAAGUUGAAGUUCAGGUCACAGCAGAGCAGAUGGACACUGACAAAGCUUCUGGUGAAUCUGAUGUUAACAUGCAGGACGCCAAGGAAACCGGUGAUGCAGCUGGUACUGACAAUGGUGUUCCUGAGCCAGUGCAAAUGGAAACUGAUUCAAAGGCUGAGGCUCCAAAGAAAAAGGUGAAGAAGACAAAUGUACCUCUGUCAGAAUUGGUAUACGGUGCCUUGCAAUCUGUGGAGGUCCAAAAGGCUGUGGAGAAAGAGUAUGAGAUGGCUCUCCAAGACAGAGUUAUGGAGGAGACCAAGGACCGGAAGAAUGCUGUUGAGUCAUAUGUUUAUGAUAUGCGAAACAAACUGAGUGACAAAUACCAUGAGUACAUGACCGAGUCAGACAGAGAAGCAUUCCUGGUAAGGCUGCAGGAAGUGGAGGACUGGUUGUAUGAAGAUGGAGAAGAUGAGACUAAAGGUGUCUACGUUGCAAAGCUCGAGGAGCUCAAGAAGGUGGGUGACCCGGUUGAAUUGCGGUACAAGGAGUCACAGGAGAGAGGGACAGUCAUUGGACAGCUUGGUCACUGUGUUAACAGCUACAGAGAGGCAGCGGUCUCUAAUGAUUCCAAGUUUGACCACAUCGAACUAGAAGAGAAGCAAAAGGUAUUGAACGAGUGUGUGGAAGCAGAAGCAUGGAUGAGGGAGAAGCAGCAGCAGCAGGAGGCUCUUCCCAAGUACGCAACACCAGCUUUCUUGUCAGCUGAUGUUACUAGGAAGGCUGAGGCAUUGGACAAGUUCUGCAGGCCUAUAAUGACCAAACCAAAGCCGGUUGCUAAACCGGAAGCACCACCAGCCAAGGCGGCUGAUGAGGAGAAGAGUGAGCCACAGCCAGAACCAGCCUCUGGUGAAGAACCUAUGGAGACUGAGAAGCCCACCGAAGAUAGUGCCUAAGAGAUGAUGGUGCUGCUGUGUAUCGAUUUUGUUUCUACUUUUUUUUCUUGGUUCUUGUUUUUCCCCAAAAGAAUCUAUAUUCAAACUCUUUUCAGGAAGUAUUGUAUUUUCCUUAUAAACUAUUUAUCGUGUGUGAGAUGAGGAUCUGUUCCUACUUGUUACAUGUUUCUGGGCAGGUUUUUUAGCAAGAAAUAUGCAUAUUUGCAAUUUGUACCAA